CUUUCUUAUAAGAGGAAAUCCAUCGACGAAAGUGAAAAGACCGGUGCGUCUGAUCAUAAAUACUUAUUUCGCCCAAGAGCAGGACUUCGCAUUCCUUGUUCAACCGAUGAGAAGCCAAGUCCUGGAUCCUGGUCUGCAGUUCCACCUUCAGUAUUUAAGCUCCGUGGCGAGAAUUAUUUCAAAGAUAAACAGAAGUACCCUGCUCCAAACUACAGCUCAUACGUACCAAUUGGUGUUGAUUUGUUUAUCUGCCCCCGAAAGAGAGAUCAUAUUGCUCAGCAUCUUGAGCUUCCUUCUGUAAAACCACAUGACAAAGUUCCUUCCCUCCUGAUUGUUAAUAUACAGUUGCCUACUUAUCCUACCACAAUGUUCCUUGGUGAUUGCGACGGGGAAGGCAUGAGUCUUGUAUUGUAUUUUAAAGUGAAUGAAAAUUUUGACAAAGAGAUAUCUGCUCAGUUUCAAGACAGCAUCAGGAAAUUUGUUGAGGACGAAACAGAAAAAGUAAAAGGGUUUGCAAAGGAUUCCGUGGUUCCUUUCAGGGAAAGGCUAAAAAUCAUGGCUGGAUUGGUCAAUCCAGAUGACCUCCAGUUGAGUUCUGCAGAAAGGAAGCUUCUAUCUGCUUAUAAUGAUAAGCCUGUGCUUUCCCGCCCUCAACACAAUUUCUACAGGGGACCUAAUUACUUUGAGAUUGACCUAGAUAUCCAUAGGUUCAGCUACAUAUCCAGGAAAGGACUUGAAUCAUUCAGAGAGCGUUUGACCAACGGCGUGCUUGAUUUGGGAUUAACAAUCCAGGCACAAAAACAAGAGGAAUUGCCAGAGCAAGUCUUGUGCUGCCUGCGCUUGAAUAAGAUGGAAUUUGUGAACCAUGGUCAAAUACCUACGCUUGUAACUAUGGAUGACUGAUUUGGACAGGCACCUGGAUCCUGGAGGUUUGCAUUUAAAAGCCUGUAAUUUUCUGGCCAAAACACCAAACAAAAGGCAUGUUUUGUAAACAUUAGGUCACUGCGACCUAUUCAAUUCAAUGGUGUAAACAUGAGAUCUGUAACCCACACCAUCAUAAAUUGGUAACAAAUCUUAUAAACAAAAAUGAGGACUUAAAAGUUAUA